UGAUCAAAUACUGUCUGCUCUUAAGAUGGCUAUAUGCAUUCAAUCAAUCUCAGUGAUAGAUACAUUAAAAAUACACGUGUUUUCGUUACUUUUUGGUGUGUGGGUGAUUGUAAAGAGAUUCUCUAUGAGAAUUUGGGAUCCCAAGAGACUUCAUAACUUACAGAUACGUGAUACGCCACCUUCUUGUCUUUUAGACUCCUCAUUAGGGCAACACAAUUAUGUUAAAUUAAAGGGUGUCAAAUUCCACUAUGUAGAAGCUGGUACCAACACACAACCUUUAGUACUUCUUCUUCACGGUUUCCCAGACUUUUGGCUCAGUUGGAGAUAUCAAAUUCCCAUUCUCAAGGAACAUUUCAGAGUUGUAUCUUUAGAUCUCAAAGGAUUUGGCGAUUCAGACAAACCAUUGUGGAGAAAACAUUAUAAAAUCUUUAAAAUUUUAGAAGAAAUCAAAGAUUUUAUUCGUAGUUUAGGUGUUACAGAUUGUAUUAUAAUAGGUCAUGAUCUUGGAGCUUUAGUAGGUUGGUACUUUAUCUACCAAUAUCCUAAUUUAGUGAAGAAAUUUUUUGUUAUAUCGUGUCCACAUCCUAAUAUUUAUUGGGGAAGUUUGAAGAAUACCAGUAAUACUUACCAAUGGUUGAAUUUUGUCCAAGUGCCCUACUUACCAGAAAUAGAUGCACUCAAAGAAAACGUUAAAAUUAUUAAUCAAUAUCAUAGUCAUCUAAGUGCAAAUGAUGUUUAUCUAGAGACUUAUAAAUAUUCAUUUUCAAGGAAAGAAGAUUGGACAGGACCCAUAAAUUACUAUAGAGACUUACGGUUUCGUAAAAUUAAAAAUGAAUCAAAAAACAUAACUUCUACAGUUAUUUUUGUAAUUGGAGACAGAGAUGAAAUGAUAUCACUAGAAAGUAUAGUGAAAUCUUCUGAAUACUGCGAAAAAUUUCAUAUAAAAAUAAUAGAAAACGCUGGACAUUUUCCACAUCAGGAAAACCCCAAAAACUUCAAUGGAAUUUUGUUAAGAUACAUGUUUCAAAAACUUGAAAUUAGUCGAAAAGCUGAAGGAUCUGGAAAGAGACUUAUGAAACGUAUUUUAGGUGCUGUGAAUAAUACAGUUAAAAUAGGCAAUACUGUAUUUGAUAAUAUACAAAAAAAGACUACAGAUGUCGUUAGUACUUUACCUACUAGAUUAUCUUUAAAUUACAUGCAAUCCAACAUUGUAGAAUAAAUAUCUUGAUGUAGAAUCAAUAACAGAUUUUUAUCAAAAAAUUAAUUAGAAAAAAAAAAUAAUAAAAUUUUUCAAAUCAUGUGUAUAUAUGGAUACAAGUUGGUGAUAUCUCUACUGGAUUCAAAGAGAUUAGAUCUAUGCUUUUACAUAUUUCUUGUCAAAGGCUCCUUUUUUCCAAAUCCUUGCUUUGGCAAAGAUUUCUAAAAUUGGGUACACUGGAAUUUCACCUAUCUCCCACAGAUUCAAUAUCUGCCAGGCCUAAUCUGAUCAGGUGGUUGCUUCUUAUUAGGAAGCAGGUGAGAAAAUGUAGUUAGAUCCAAAUACUUUCAGGAUUUAGGAAUAACAUGAUUUCGAAAGAAUUUUUAAGAGUGAUUAAGCUCAGUAAGGCAACCAAAGUACUUUUUCCACAGGAAGGCUCCAGAUUCAUAAAAGACAUUCAUGUUCCUUUCCUACCGAGUCUAUUUACUUUCUGUGAUAUCUGGAUAACUAGUCCAAUUUAUCAAAUUUCCUUCGGCUUUUCCUUGUCAAUUUUGAGUAGCAUACUUGAGAGUUCAGUACUUUCAUAGAUGCUUGCUUAUUUGAAUGAACUGAUAUGUUAAAUUUUUGAUAGUUUCUUUCCAGAUUUAUUCCACACAUCUUUUUCCCUAUACGUUAUUUGUAAUUUCUUGCAAAUGCUUGAAAUAACUAAAUUUUCCAAAACUUAGGUGAACUGAAUUUCAAUUAUUCUCGCAGAGAAUCAAUAUCUGCUAGACCUAAUCUCAUCAGGUGGUUGCUUCCUCUACCGCAUCUAUUGACUUCUUGUGAUUUCUGGAGAACCAGACUAAUUUAUCAAGUUUCCUUCGGCUUUCCCUUGUCAACUGAUGAAUUGAUAUGUUACAUUUCCAAUAGAUUCUUUCUAAGUUUAGCCCACACAUUUUCUGAUAGAAAGUAUUUUUUGAUGUUUGAAUUGAAUUUCAAUUAAAAUAAUGAUAAUUAUUCACAAUUGGGUACCAGAUAAGUAAUUAAGUGGAACAUUCAAGAAAUUUUGUAUAACAGGAAACAUGUUACUCAUAUUUCUCAGUGUCUCAAUGUAAAUCUUGGUACAGUAACUGGCUAUUGCUUGAGGAUGAAGUGGUGUAUACUAAAACACACAUUUAGCAUGAAUAAGUUUCCAUUUUAGCUGAAAUGAGAUGCGUUUCAAUUUUUUUCAAGAAUUCGUUAAAAACAUUUUUCCUGGACUUCUUAAAGGUUUCAAAUACCAUACUUAUUUGCUGCAAAUAUUGGGGUAUAAUUAAACUUGAUUUAUACGCAAGAAACAUUUGAAUUUCUAAAUUUGUAUCUGAUAUAAUUAUAUUAUCUUAUGUAAAUCUGGCUCAUAACAAAUUACAAGACUGAAAUUUUAUUGAGAUAUUUAAAAGGUAAUUUUCAAACUAAUAGUUUUCAAUUUAUUCUAUCUAUUGUAAUAAAUACCUCUUUUUAUGUUAAUUUUCGUAUUUAUUUUGAUAUAUUACGAGGUUUUUCUUACAGAAAACUUUUUAUUUACCAGUUUGCAUAUGAAAAUAAAAAUCAUAAACUAAUUGUAAAAAUACAAUUAAAAAAAAAGUUUCUUUUCAAACCCGCCAUUUUUUUUAUCAUUGAUGCAACAUUCUGAUUUAAAGAAAAUCAUUUACGUUUAUACCAGAUACCUCACAGAUUACCUAUUGCAUUUAGAUGUUAUUUGUUCUUACGAAAUUGACGUCGACUGUGGUUUGAACUUGGAACUACUAAUCGACUACGACAUCCUUCAUAAAAUACUGGCAAUUUUAAUCAUGGAGCGUAAUUUUAAUUAUUUAAAGAUCAACUCAGAAUUAAUCAUUUUUCAAAUUUAUGUUUUUGUUUAUAUUUCUCAAAAUGAAAUAUUUUCAAGAUUUAAGGCUCUGAACUUCAAUUACAAAAAUGAUUCAACCUUGGGCCAUCUGUGUGAAAUGUCUAGAAGAUAGAUAGUUUGAAAGUUAUCAUUGAAAAUGCAAUAAAUGAAUCUUAAAAACCCUAAAAAUGUUUUUAAUAUUACUCUUCUUAAAGUUUGAGGUUCGCUUUUUUCUAAGGCAAUAUGAUAUAUACAAUAUUGCUAACUUUUAUAUAAUAAUGAAUGAAAUAUUACUUUUUAAAAAUAACUGAUGCCAUCUGGUAGAGAGUCUCUGAAACUUAAAAAUAUAAGAUUUCUAUACUUAUUACUAUCUACUUAAGCUAUUGUGCUCCAGAUAGUACAAACAAUCUCAGUUAGUUAAAUAUUUUGAUAAAUUAUGAAACCUUUUUUUUUAAGUUUCACAAACAAAUCUAUAAUCAAGUAUUGAUCUCUGUUUUUAAUCUUAAGAAACAUUCGAUAAGAUUCCCACGACAGCUACUUUCUCGGUGUUUUGAGUGUAAUUUUUACCAAAUAUAAUAUUUUCUUAAGUAUUUCUGGAACAGAUGUUUUCUACUUAUUGAAUAAUACGUUUACUUGAAAUGUGUGAAAUAUUUCAGAAAUAUACUGCAUUGUUUGAAUAAAAAAUAUUAGGUACAUCAUAUGACAUCCAUGAUUUAAAUAUUAUCACCUUGAAGGCCACCCACUGUUUUUUAAAGGUUACAGGCUAUCAAGUAUAAAAUAUUCAGGAUUAAUAUUAAGAGGAGUCGAUUAUUUAUCUCAUUUAAAUAGUAUUUACGGUCCCAUAUACGAGGAUAGGUUGACAAUCAUGCUGGAUAUUAGCAAAUUAUUUGGUUCAAAAUCAAGGAAACAUGGAAGCUUUAUAUGUUUUCCUUUGCCUAUUGGGGUAUAAACCUACAUAAUAUCUAUAAACAUGAUGUGUAGAUGUUAUGUCUAAUUCUUUGUAUUUUGUACUGAUCAAGUUGAAAUUUUCAAAUUCUUGUGGAAGUGCUGAUGAAUAGGAGCGAAAAAAGUUCAUAGAACAGAUAAAAACACUGAAUAGCAAAAAAAACUGGAAACACAGAUUUGGUCUUUUUAAUUUAAGGUAAGAAUUUGUUAAUUCAUAAGUUAUUUACACAAAAUCUACCACAAUGAAUAAUUU